GUCCCCACGUCAUAAACCGUUGCUGGAAAUGCGUGGAUAACUUCACACAAACUAUUUCAGUUCAGUCUAGUGAUAUUGAAAGUUAUGCAAGGAUGGAAGACUUCGAUAAAUAAAUAAAAAUCGUGUGCAUAUAAUAUGUCCAAAUGGCAAGACUGAGUUUAGUAGAAUACUUGCGUUAUAUUAAAGGCACAAACACUUCUAGAAGUGUUUAUGAAGGUGAAGAAGUAUUAAAUGCUGGUCACAUAAUAUUAUGCGGAAAGUUAAAUUCUUCCACUUCUACUAAAAUCAUGAUCUGUGCUUUGUGUCUUCAGAGUAGCGCACUCAAUGCAGACUCUCAUCACAUUCGAGGAGAACUUCAUUGUAACUCAGGGAAAGGGAGCAUUGAAAUUAAAACUAUGUUGUGUUCAUGUAAAGCUGGGAAUAGCGGUAGAUGUAAACACAUUUCUGAUGUUUUAAUCAAGUGUACAAGGUGUAUCAUUUUACUAAUUCAAAAAGGCGUAAUCGUGCCAAGUUGAUUUUUAAUAAGAAUGAAUUAUGUGCUUAUUGUCUUUGUUCUUUUUCUGCUGUUUUUUUUGUUUUGUUUUAGGGAAAAUCUUGAAGAUCUUGAGAUAAUUUCUCAAACAGAAAUGAAAUGUGUUUGGUCAGCUCAAAAACACCUAACGAAUGAAAAAUAUAAAGCUGUUCCUAUAAAAGACAUGCCGUGUUUUCAAAAUAAAAUUGAGCAAUGUGAGUUGGAAGUAGAUGAUGAUAAGAUGUAUAAUUUUUUCAUCAGCCAAUUACCUGAAUCUGCAAUUUCUAAACAUAGCAUUGGAAGACGAAGUUUCAGUAACAAAAUUCUGAAAAAAAAAGUUGGACCUGAAAAUAAUGAUGUUCUAGCAAUUUUGGACAAUGCAUGUCAGUCUGUUAUCAUGUUGGAAACUUCAAUUGUACCAGUCACUAAUGAAAAUGAGUGUUGUAAGAUAUUGUAUUCAGAACUGUUCAGUGAGGUUUCUGAUACAAUAAUCAGCAUUUGCCAACAUUCUCAAGAGUGGCAUGAACAGAGGAAAUAUAGAGUAACAGGUUCACGAAUAUAUGAGUUAUAUACAUACUCCAAAACUGGGUGGGAUAACAAAGCGUCUAGGUAUUUUUAUGGUAAAGGCUUCAGUAAUAAGUUCACCAAACAUGGAGUCAAGUACGAAGGUGAUGCUAAAGAGGCUUUUAUUGCGCAAACAUCCUUACAAGUUGUGGAUUGUGGUAUGGUUGUUUCACACUCAAAUCCAUGGCUGGGUUAUUCUCCAGUUGGUGUCAUUUUUGAGGACAACAGGCCUGUUGCUCUACUGGAGGUGGACUGUUUAUAUGAAGGUUCUACCAGGACCAUAAAUGAAGUGCUGCAAAACACGAAAUUCAUUGGAAAAACAGGAAAUAAAUAUUUUUUAAAAGAAAAACAGAAAUAUUAUGGUCAAAUUCAGUUGGGCAUGGCAUUAUUGAAUAAUAUCACACAAACACACGGCAGAAUGCAAGAACCUCAGAGGAAUGAAAAGGACUGA